GACUGUUUUUAAGCACGGGGAGGAAUGAACCCCGUUUUUCUCAUUCAUCUCUGCCAAAUCGUGAAUCGGGCAUUGAAGAUAUCGAGAUUCUAAAGGCGGAGCGAGAAAAAGCUGAGAAGAAAUGGCUUCGGAUGAGAAGAAGGUUCUGACUUUCGAUGAAGUUUCUAACCACAACAAAACCAAGGAUUGUUGGCUUAUAAUCUCCGGCAAGGUUUACGAUGUGACCCCCUUCAUGGAUGAUCACCCAGGAGGUGACGAAGUCUUACUGUCAUCAACAGGGAAGGAUGCUACUAACGAUUUUGAAGAUGUCGGCCACAGCGACACUGCAAGGGAUAUGAUGAAGCAAUACUACAUUGGGGAAAUCGAUUCAUCGACCGUGCCCGCGAAACGAACUUACGUUCCGCCACAGCAAGCGGCGUACAAUCAAGAUAAGACCCAAGAUUUCGUGAUCAAGAUCCUGCAGUUUCUGGUUCCUAUCUUGAUCUUGGGGCUGGCCCUAGUCGUUCGCCAAUACACCAAGAAAGAGUAAGGCUUUCAAGCAAAAUUAUGGUAUCUCCUUGCCUCUGCAUUUUGGCUUUCGGGAUAUGAAAUGGUUGAAGAAGAACGUUAUACUGGUACUUUCCAUGUUGUCCUAGAUUCUUGCUUCAUGUUUUCGCCUAGACCUUGCUGAUUCUUGUCAAAUCAUGAAUGACGAUAAUACAUUGUUAGCUCCGUUAUCACCUAUCUGAAUAAAUGAGACAGACAUCUGCAGUA